AUGUCGGCAGGGUCCUCUCGGACUCGGCAAGCGGCAUCCGCCGCUGGUGGAGUGCGCCGCAUGCGUUGGACAAGGGAUAUGAACGCAAACGCAUUGCGGGCGUACUAUAGGGCGAAAGGGGAAGAAACUGCGGGGAUAGCGUAUCGGGCUCGGAUGCAUUGCUUUUUUGCUGAGCUGGAGCCGUCUAUUCCCGUCACGGAACAAAACCUGGCAGACCGAGUUCGGUACAUCAUGCGCUCGAAAAUAUUCGAUGAUGCCGAGCUCGAACGACUACGACGUGAGGCCAUUCCCUCAUCGAAUGAAUUGGCUACGGCUGGGGAUGCGGCUCCUCAGGCGACAGACCAGCUGCCACGCGUAGAAGCCGCCAUGGAUCUUCCAGUUGUGGUUGAUUCAGAUGAUGAUGAAAUGGUCACCCACGAACUAGAGCAAAUGAGGAGUAUAUUGGAAGAGGCAAUUUUGGAAACGCGCAGCAUGCCUCUCGAAAAUCGACCGCGACUUCCCCGCAUACCUCUAAGCAAGCGAAAUCGGGCUGUCGUGAGGGCUCUUAACCCAAUGCUGGUAACCUAUUUGGAAGCCAGCCGGGACCUUUGCGAGACGGACUCAGUUCUUUUUGGCGCCGCAGUGGCAGCUUGCCGUAUUAUUGGCGCCAGAUUCUUCCCAUGGCUGGACGCGCUACUAAACAAAGUAGCGCCAUCCCAGCCUGGAGAAAAAGAAUUGAGGACCGUAUCGCAAAGGCAAGGGCCCUUAUCGGCAGACUGA